GGCCGUGCUGCAGUCAUGGUGAAGAAGCGGAAGAAUCGGAGGAACCGGGUGGUGAUCGACUCGGACUCCGAUGAUAGCGGCAGCGAUGACCUGGAUCAGGAGACUGCUUUCCUUGCGAAGCGCAAGAGGAGUGAUUCUGAGGAGAAGGAGCAACCCGCGAGCAAACCCGUGGCCACCUCAGACUCCGAGACCUCAGACAGUGAUGAUGAGUGGACGGUUGGAGGAGUUAAAAACAAGAAAAAAGGAAAGCCUGGAAAAGGAUGGGACAAGAAGGUCUCCAUGAAGAAGACCGCUAGCAAAGGCGCCUCUUCUGGCAAGCUCUGGGAAGACAGCUCGGGAGAGAGUUCUGCACCUGAACCAGGUGAAGUUUCAGACUCUGAUAGCAACAGUUCUUCCUCAAGCUCUGAUUCGGACUCCUCUUCGGAGGAAGAGGAGUUUUGCGAUGGAUAUGGAGAUGACCUUAUGGGUGAUGAAGAAGACAGGGCUCGCUUGGAGCAGAAAGAGAAGGAACGAGAGCAAGAGUUAUUUAAUCGGAUUGAGAAGCGAGAAGUGCUUAAAAGACGGUUUGAGAUUAAGAAAAAGCUCAAAACUGCAAAGCGCAAGGAAAAGAAAGAAAAAAGAAAAAAGCACGAUGAAGAGCAAGAAAAGAAGAAACAAACCCAGAUCCUGGAAUCUCAGGCUCAGGUUACUUCCCAUAACAAGGAGAGACGCUCUAAGAGAGAUGAGAAAUUGGACAAGAAGUCCCAGGCUAUGGAGGAGCUGCGAGCAGAGCGUGAAAAGAGAAAGAUAAGACUGGCUGAGCUUAUUGCUCGAAAGCAACCUCUAAAGACAAGUGAAGUGUACUCGGACGAUGAAGAGGAGGAGGAAGGGAAGUCUAGUGAGAAAAGUGAUCGUUCUUCUAGAUCGUCUUCCUCGUCUGAUGAAGAGAUGGAGUAAAAGAAAAUUCCACCAAAGUCUCUGCCUGUUUCGUUGCCGGAAGAACUUAAUAAAGUUCGCCUGUCGCGUCAUAAGCUGGAACGUUGGUGCCACAUGCCCUUUUUCGCCAAGACCGUGUCCGGUUGCUUUGUACGGAUCGGUAUCGGCAAUCAUAACAGCAAGCCUGUGUACAGAGUAGCCGAAAUUACUGGCGUAGUAGAAACUGCAAAAGUUUACAGUUGGGAGGCACGGAGGACAAACAAAGGUCUGCAGCUCAGACAUGGCAUUGACCAGAGAGUAUUUCGCUUAGAAUUUGUGUCCAACCAGGAGUUUACAGGCGAGUUCAUGAAGUGGAAGGAAGCCAUGUUCUCAGCGAGCAUGCAGCUCCCCACAUUGGACGAGAUUAACAAAAAAGAGGUAACUAUUAAAGAAGCCAUGAACUACAAGUUCAAUGACCAGGACAUUGAAGAGAUUGUAAAAGAAAAGGAACGGUUCAGGAAAGCUCCAUCCAAUUAUGCCAUGAAAAAGACCCAGCUUUUGAAAGAUAAGGCCAUGGCCGAGGAAUCUGGAGAGCAGGAGCGAGCAAAACAGAUCCAAGACCAGCUGAAUGAAUUGGAGGAAAGAGCUGAAGCUCUGGAUCGUCAGAGGACAAAGAAUAUUUCUGCCAUUAGCUACAUUAAUCAGAGGAACAGAGAGUGGAACAUCGUGGAAUCUGAGAAGGCCUUAGUGGCUGAAAGUCAGAGCAUGAAGCAGCAGCAGAUGGAUCCCUUCACCAGGAGGCAAUGCAAACCUACUAUGGUAUCGAAUUCCAGGGACCCAGCGGUACAGGCGGCCAUCAUUGCUCAGUUGAAUGCCAAGUAUGGAUCGACUGGAAACUUGGACACUGCAAAAGAUCUAGCAACGAAUCAAGGCAAAGAUAAAGACGGCAACCCUAAAACAACCAGUGACCUGUCGGAGGACCUGUUUAAAGUACAUGACUUUGAUGUAAAAAUUGAUCUACAAGUCCCCAGUUCAGAAUCCAAGUCACUCGCUAUCUCCUCCAAAGCUCCCCCUGCCAAGGAUGGAGCACCAAGAAGAUCUUUGAACUUGGAGGACUACAAGAAAAGAAGAGGACUUAUCUGAGAUUAGUUUGGGCCGCUGCUCCUGACCUUGCAUGUUCCGUCAGAUUCUUUAUUUUCUCCAUGUUCUGUUUGUCUUCACCAGACCGGAGCAGAAGAAUGAAGAGAAAACUUCGCCAUCAUAAAGAUGUAAAUAACUGUAUAUACCUUGAGACCAUGUCUCUUCUUUUGCCCUAUAAAUUGUGGAUUUGUGACUGAGUUGUCUCCUGAUCUCUUCAUGCUCCAGUAUUACACGGUAUUUCAGAGAUCGACUGUGCAAGUUAAAAACCAUGACAGACUGUGUAAGCACCCUAUGGGUUCCCACACAAGAUAACUCGGUUUCAUGUUUUACCAGAGCCCUGCACUUUCUUCUAUGGAAAGAAGUUUGUAGAACAUGGCACCAUGUUUUUGUUACAGAAGGACCUUUUUUUUUUUCUCACCCUCCCUUUAUUUUUAAUUCUUCCUCUUCAGCUGAAAUAUGAUCUUUAUGGCUGUCCAAAACUCUACAAGCUGUAAAUAAGUUACAUUAAAUGAAUGUUCUUACAAUCCUGUGUCCAUAUAUAUGCCUGAGUGUGGUUGUAAGUAAUAUCCGUGUAUUCAGAGCAAGUGCUGAGCU